UCAUAGUUGUAAUCCUUUAAAAUAAUCCUUCUUAUAUAAAUAAAUUAAAAUAUAAAUAUAUAUUCACUUCAAGUCAUUAUUACCCUUCAUUUCAUUUUUCUUCCCCAAAAAUGUUCUUUCAACUCCACCACCUACUCACGGCGGUGUUAUUUCUCACUGCCGUAAAAUCCACCACAUCCACCAGAGAAUGUCCCCCGUGUGGAACCACACGUGUGCCAUACCCACUUAGCACCUCCCCCACGUGCGGCGAUCCAAACUACAAAAUCCUCUGCAACAAAAACACCACUCUUUUAUUCCCAACAUCAAACAACACUUAUCCAAUCAAAUCAAUCAUCCCAACCAAUCAACGGUUGAUAAUUGAGCCCUCACCUUUUCUUCCAAACACCUGCAUCACAUCAGAUAUUUCAACUCAAGGAGUUCAACUCAACCAAACGGCUCCGUUUAAUGUCACGGGUGACAACACAAUAAUGUUUCUUAAUUGCUCUGAUUCUCUCUUGCGGUCCCCACUUAAUUGCUCUGCUGAUAGUCUUUGCCACGUGUAUAUCAACUCUACACGUGCGGUGUCUUCGUGUGGGGGUUCGCUUAUUUGUUGUACUUUUCGUGCUGGAGGUGGGACGACGUCGUAUUCAAUCCGGGUUAGAGAAGCGGGUUGUCGGGCUUAUAGUAGUUUUGUGGAUUUGGACCCGAGUUUGCCUGUGGGUAAGUGGGGCAAACCUGGGUUGAUGAUUCAGUGGGUGCUUCCUCAGGAACCUCUUUGUAGGACUCAAGCUGAUUGUACCGUUGAUGGUGGGAAUUCCACGUGUAGGGCUGAUAUUAACUCUGUGGGUGUUAGAAGGUGUUUUUGUAACGAUGGACUUCAUUGGGAUGGCAUUAACGGAAUUUGUGCUGAAAAAAAUUUAUGUGAAGAUGAAGGAGGUUGCAAGAGUUCAAAUAAAGCUGCCUUAAUUGCUGGCUUGGUAUCAGGAAUAGCAGGAGCUUUGAUCUUUGCAACAAUUGCAAUACUAUACUACCAACGCCAACGAAAGAUAAAAGAAGCCAUAGAGCGUUUAAAGAAGGAACGAGAAGACAUCCUCAACUCCGGUGGAGGAACAACCGCCAAGAUUUUCACCGGAAAAGAGAUCAAAAAAACCACCAACAACUUCUCCCGAGACCGCCUUCUAGGCGCCGGUGGUUAUGGUGAAGUGUACAAAGGUAAACUUGAUGAUGGAACCCUGACUGCCGUCAAGUGUGCAAAAGUCGGUAAUGCUAAAGGAACUGAUCAAAUCUUAAAUGAAGUCCGAAUCCUAUGUCAAGUUAACCAUCGGAGCCUUGUUGGGUUACUCGGUUGUUGUGUUGAGCUUGAUCAACCUAUAAUGGUUUACGAGUUUAUCCCUAAUGGUACAUUAUACGAGCAUCUACAUGGGUUUACACGUGGAGGGUAUAGUCGUCUUUCUUGGUCUCAUCGACUAAGUAUUGCGUACGACACUGCUGAGGCCCUUGCGUAUCUCCACUUUUCCGCAAACCCUCCUAUUUAUCAUAGAGAUGUAAAAUCGUCCAACAUUUUGUUAGACGAGAAAUUGCAUGCUAAGGUUGCGGAUUUUGGGUUAUCAAGACUAGCCGAGACUGAUAUGAGCCACAUUUCGACUUGUGCUCAGGGUACCCUAGGUUAUCUUGAUCCUGAGUACUAUCGAAACUAUCAGCUAACAGAUAAAAGUGACGUAUAUAGUUUUGGAGUCGUGUUGUUAGAGCUUUUAACAUCGCAAAAGGCAAUUGACCUUAAUCGAGAAGCGGAUGAUGUAAAUUUAGCUGUAUAUGUUAAGCGAUUGGUGGAAGAGGAGCGAAUGAUGGAUGUCGUUGAUCCUCUAUUGAAGGAAGAAGCGAGCGAUUUGGAGAUGGAUACGAUGAAGGCGUUAGGAUUUCUUGCUGUCGGGUGCUUGGAGGAGCGUAGGCAAAACCGGCCUUCUAUGAAAGAAGUUUCCGAGGAAAUUGAGUAUAUAAUCAGCAUUGCUUCUGCAAUGAAGCUAGCUAAAGUCAUUCCAGAUUAUCCCUAGAAAUUUCUUCUUGUAGUUUGUAUGAUGUAAGCUUGUAACUGUAUUUGUUGAUUAUGAUAUAUAUUUUUUUGUAGUAGUGCAUUGUAUAAUCUAUGUCCGCGAGCUAGAGAUUUGGUUUCAGAUAAUAAUAAAUUAUAUUAAAUAA